GCACUCGUGCCCAUCAAAUGGCAGCAGAGACUGAGGCUCCAAGCAAUUCUUCCGAUCCUAUGAUAAUUGAGAAUGAGUCGAAGCGUACAAAAUUGGAUCCGUCCAUAGAUACAGCAAAUGGAAGCACACGUCGCUCUCGAGGCCAAUUCUACGUGGAGACUCCAGUAUUUUCGAGCGUCGAUUGGAAAUCCAUAGAUUUUAUAUUGAUUACCAAUUAUAAAAAUAUGCUUGCGCUACCUUAUAUAACCGAAUAUUCGGAAUUUAAAGGAAAAGUUUAUGCAACAGAGCCUACGGUUAUAUUUGGAUGCCAAAUGAUGAAAGAGUUAGUGCAUUUUUUUGGCGAAAGUUCGGUUCCGGGUUCUUCUCGACAACGUGUACAUGCUAAAGCCGAAAAACCGAAUAUAUUUUAUGGUUUCACUGCUGAAAGUAACUUGGCUCAAUCUUUAUAUACAAUACCCGAUGUGCAGUCAUGUGUUGAUAAAAUACAGCCUGUCCGAUAUGGUGAAAAUCUUGAUUUAUAUGGAGUUAAAGUUACUGCUCAUAGCGCCGGAUAUUGUUUAGGUAGCGCUAAUUGGUCGAUAGUCUGUGAUACCGAAAAGAUUGCGAUGAUAUCCUCUUCUUCCAUAAUAACUGAUAUUCACCCAUUACCAUUUAGCAAAUCUGUAUUGGAUGAUGCUGAUGUUGUUAUAUUGAGUGAUUUGUGCGAUUCGCGUAAUGAAGAUGACAUCAGAUUAGAAUCUAUUUUACCUGUGUUACGUGAUAUCGGAAAUUAUGCAGGAGAUGUUUUGGCGAAUAAGGGAAAUGUUUUAUUUCCAUGUGCUCUUAAUGGUAUAAUGUUUGACGUGUUGGAUUAUCUUGGGAGGCAUCUAAAUUCCAGAGGACUUGGUGGUGUUCCAUUUUAUGCAAUUUCUCCCAUAGCUGAAGAAUCGCUUAAGUAUUCAUUUAUUUCAGGUGAAUGGAUGUGUGAAGAAAGACAGCUACGUAUGUACAUUCCAGAGAAUCCGAUGGUUCAUAAAGAUAUGUUUGAUAGGAAUCUACUCUACUACGCUGCUCGUGCUGAUAGUUCUCUCCAAGAAAUAUAUCAAGAACCAUGCGUUGUCUUUGCGGGUCAUUCUUCCCUGCGAAGUGGUGCAGUAAUUAACUUUAUUAAAAAAUGGGGAAAUAAUCCCAACAAUGCUAUCAUUUUCAUAGAAUCAGAAUUCAACUUUAAAGAAGCUAUUUCGGCAUUUGAUGGAUUACAAAUUAAAACAAUGCACCUUCCAAUUGAUAUUCGUCUUACAGUUGAACAAGUGAUUGAAAUGAUUAAAGAAUUUCAACCUCGAGAAAUACUGUUCCCUCACAGAGCAGUAAAAAAUGCAGACGACAUACGAAGACAAAUACCUUCUUCAUUGGUUACUUUGUACGAAUAUUUAGAUAUUGUUAAUAUCUCCAUAAAUUCACAGUAUAAGAGAACUUAUAUGGCAGAAGAUCUUGCAUCAGAAAUAUAUACAACAAACAUUGGUGAAACAAAGGUUGCUGCAUUGUAUGCAAAUCUCAAAACAUAUAAUAAUCAAUCUUCUUUGGUUCCUUCUGCAAGUAGUCAAAUAUUAAAACAAACAUAUGUUAUCGGAAAUAUUAAUGUAUCGAGCUUGAUAGAUAAACUAACUGAGCAGUUAUAUGGUUGUCUUAUUACGUUGGAUGAAGAUAUAAAAACUGGGAAGUGCACGAUUUACGUUGAUUCUCCAAAGGUUAUAAUCUCUUUAGAUGGUAACAAUAUUAAGGUUGAAACUAAAGAUAAUUAUACUAGAAAAUUGGUCUCGGAUGUUUUGAAUCAGCUAUUGAUAGCAUUUUGA